CUUUCUCUGCUUUUGCUGAUUUAUAGUGAAUUUUCAAUUUCCAACAGCAAUUUUCUUUAUCAUCAAAUCAGAUUGUGUUGUGAAUUGAUUUUGUAUUUUUAAAUUUAACUCGAAAGUCAACAAAAGAAAGCAAGGAUGGAUUUGAUGACCAUUUGCCGAUAUAUAUUUGGUGCGGCUGCCGCUAUAGUUGGUUGUUUAACAUUAUUGUCGCUAAUUCAAUAUAGUUAUGAAAGAAAUGAUCUUAUCUGGGCAAUAUGUGCUGUAGUAGGAUGUUGUUGCGGCGUGGUCGGUGCAUGGAAAGAACAUUUCCUUAUGUCGGCCAUAUGUGGAGCAGCUUGGGCAGGAUUAUGGGCACUCACACAUUUUAAAGGCUGGUAUGGUGGCUUUUAUUAUAGAAAUCAUGCUAUUGAAGUGGAAAUUGGUAUGACAAUCGCUGGCUGCGUCUAUGCUGCCGUAUUAUAUUCCAAUGGAAAACGGGAUAUGGGUUUACCCACUUUCUGAACAACUAAUCGAAAACAUUGUUGUGAAAUAAAUUUAUUUGUUCAUUUUGAAAAGAGAUAUUAGACAAUAAAAACAGAUUAGAUAGAAUAUU